GAUGACAAAGAUGUGAAAGAUAUGCCACUCAGUAACAAUAUUGGUAGCAAAAGAACACAUGAAAUGGGUGAAGAUAUUGAAAUACAACUUGUUGAAAAGCUAAAAAUAAAAAAAUUCUCAGUGCAAAUGGAUGAAUCAACUUUGAGAGACAGUGAGGCCGUACUGAUAACUUACUUAAGGCAUAUUGAUAAAGGAGAUUUGGCUGAAGAAAUGUUGUUGUGUAAAUCAUUAGAAAGCACCACUGCUGCCAAAGAUGUAUGUAAUAAGCUUAAAAUAUUACUUAGAUGUCAAUAA